AUGGCCGUGGUCACCGGCGCUCAACUGAUCGCCCGAUCGCUGCGCGAUCUAGGCGUCACCGUCAUCUUCGGCAUUGUCGGCAUCCCUGUGGUCGAGAUCGCCGAAGAGGCCAUCAACCUGGGCAUUCGAUUUGUGGCUUUUCGCAAUGAGCAGGCUUGCAGCUAUGCUGCCAGUGUCUAUGGAUACAUGACAGGCCGACCGGGCGUCUGUCUAGUUGUCGGAGGGCCGGGAGUUCUCCACGCUUUGGCCGGGAUCGGGAACUCCUCCGCAAACAACUUCCCAUUGCUAGUCCUCGCCGGCUCUGCUGAGACCACUGGUGUCACCAAAGGCGCUUUCCAGGAAUUGGACGCCAUCUCCUUGCUCACUCCUCACACCAAGCUCGCUGUCCGCGCCUCCUCCCUCGACUUCAUCCCCGGCGCCGUCAAGAAUGCCUAUCGCACAUGCUGGUACGGCCGUCCAGGCCCGACCUUCGUCGACCUCCCCGCCGACAUCAUCCAAGGCAAAUCCUCCCCUGGAUACCGUCUCCCGCAGCCCGAGACCCUGCUCGUCCCCUCUCCGCCAAAGGCGAGCGGAGACCCAGCCCUGAUCCUCAAGGCAGCGCAGUUGCUCCGCACCGCUCGCUCCCCACUUCUGGUGGUAGGCAAAGGCGCCGCAUACGCGCGCGCAGAGCUCGGAAUCAACCAGCUCGUGGAUCAGACUCAGAUCCCAUUCCUACCGACACCAAUGGGCAAGGGCGUUGUACCGGACUCGCACCCCUUGAAUGCAUCCAGCGCUCGCAGCGCAGCCCUAAAGCACGCCGACGUUGUCCUGAUCCUCGGUGCCCGUCUCAACUGGAUCCUCCACUACGGCGAAGCACCCAAAUGGAAUCCGAAAGCAAAGAUCAUCCAGGUGGACAUAUGCGCCGAAGAAAUCGGCCGCAACGCCGGAACCGCCGAGCUAGGCAUCCUAGGAGACAUCGGACUGGUCGUAGACCAACUCCUCUCCUCGCUCUCUAACUGGAAAUACUCCCCUACUCCUUCCCAAUCACCAUCGUCUAAUAAACCCAACGAAACCUUCACAUCCAUCCUAACCGCCUCCGCCAACCGCAACGAACUUAAGGCCCAAACCGCCGCCCUCUGUCCCACCCCGCCAAACACCCCCCUCACCUACCAGCGCGCCUACCACAUCAUCAAAUCGACCCUCAACACCCUCUCCCCCUUCGAACAAGGCAACAUCAUCUACGUCUCCGAAGGCGCCAACACAAUGGACAUCUCCCGUUCCAUCUUCCCGCUCAACCAUCCCCGCCAACGCCUCGACGCAGGCACCUACGCCACAAUGGGCGUCGGGAUGGGGUACAUUGUCGCAGCGCAUGAAGCAUACAACGCCCUCCCAUCCACCACCUCCACCAAGCCAAAGAAAAUAGUAGCCUUCGAAGGUGACAGCGCCUUUGGCUUCAGCGCUAUGGAAAUCGAGACCCUAGCGCGGUACCGCAUCCCGGCACUCAUCUACGUGGUUAAUAACUCGGGCAUAUAUCACGGGGAUUCGGUGAGUGAGGAUGAUUGGAGGGUAUUGCAGAGUCAGACGGUGGGGAAUGAUACGAAGGCUUCUGAGAGUGGUGGUGGUGCUGGAGGGACGAAGAAGGGCCUGCGCUCGACGAGUCUGCUCUACGAAACAAGGUAUGAGAUGUUGGCGACGAUGUGUGGUGGGAAGGGGUUCUUUGUUAGGACGGAGGAGGAGUUGGAGAAGGCGACGAGGGAAGGGUUCGAGAGUGAGUGUGUGACUGUUGUCAAUGUUAUUGUUGAGCCGGGGAUUGGCAAGGAGAUUGGGUUUGCGUGGCAGGGUAAGGGGAAGGGGGAUGAUUCUAGUAGUGUAAGAGAGGCGAAAUUGUAG